AUGACGAGCAUUGUCGGGUCUUCCACGUUACCCCCCUCGCCUUCGUCGACAUUCUCCGACUUCGACGACCCGAUUCCAACAUUUACUAGAGGACCCGGCCGCAAUGGUGGUGGUCGGAAUGGGGACAAUAACGGGCCUAGUGGAAAUCAGGGCGGAGGUACAUCUGCGUCUGUGUAUUUGUAUACGUUCUUAGGAGUGCUGUUACUGCUGCUCGCGAUCUCAGCCGCCAUUGUAACUCGAGCUAUCAUCCGUCGCCGACGUCAACGACGCAUGAUGGAGGAAGCCAUCCGAAACGGGACCUGGGUGUCACCUAACGGGAAACCCUCCAAACCCGUCUUGUACGAAACGGCGAUGAAUAAUGUCGGCAACGAACAUCACGACUGGGAAGCAUGCAAACCAUUUGCCGUGUCAUACAUUCAAGAGGUGCCGCCUCCAACUCCACCGCAGCAAGAGGUUUCUCUACGUGCACGCAUCUUGGCGCUCAUCAAGGGUUCACCUCCCGCUGACUCCCGGGUCACGCGGACCGUUUCAACUGCUGGGCCGUUACACGUAUCUAUGCUUAUCGCUAUGCCGUCACCGAAAUCUGGAGAGAAGGAGGGGCAAAUACCACAUAUCGAGCUUGGCACGGCUGAAGUUCUUGUCGUACAUCCAUCCGAUAACCCAAAUCCCUUGACUCCGAGCAACGCCAGGAGAAAGGCGGUGGAAGAAAAGGUGUAA